UGUGUCAGCUCGGGGGCCGGUCCCGCCGCCGCCAUGGGGCAGCUGUCGCGUUUGUCGCCGACCUCGUAGAGCUCGGAUUUGCAAAGGAAAAAGAUGGAGGUACAUCUACCAGAAAUUCAAAGUGUGCUGGAGCCAGUCAGUGUCUCAGAUAAUGCCUCUUUGGGGUCCCUAGGUAAUGAGAAGACUGAUGAAAGACCUGGAAUGAAGGACUGCUCAAGCAUCAGUUAUACUGGAGCUGAUGCUGGUUUAUUGGAAGGGGAAUCCAGGUUGUUGCCCUUGGACCAGGAUUCAGCGGCUGUUGGCAUGAGCAGCAAUGGGGCCCUGGCAGAAAGACUGGAGCAGCAGUGUGGAGGGGCAGACUGCUGUGCGAAUGCAUGCUCUGAUAGAAAGGUAGACGGCUCCACAGAACCAGAACAUUUAUCUAGUGAAGAAUUUGAACAGCAAGAUCCCAAAACUAACCAGACGGAACAGUCGUUGAUGGAAAUAUUACAGGAGCUAAGGGAGGAGUCUGACUUUGUGAAAAACUCAAGCGAUAAAAUCUAUUCCGAAAGUCCCUACGACACAGACUGCACAAAGAAGCUCAUUUCCACAAUCCAUCAGACUUCCUCACAGGAGGAUUUGCUAAAGGAAAUAGAGUCUGAACUCUUAUCUACAGAUCUUCCGAAGGAGCGAAAAUCCCCCAAUGGUGUGCGGAAGGGUGAACAUGCCUUGGCUGUGUUUGAAAAGUGUGUGCAAGAGAAAUACCUGGAGCAAGAACAGACUAUAAGAAAAUUGAUUAAAGAAAAUAAAAAACAUCAAGAACUUAUUUUAGAAAUCUGCUCAGAAAAGGAGAACUUAAAAGAUGAAUUGAAAAAACGAACAGAAACAGAAAAGCAGCACCUCAACAUUAUUAAACAGCUGGAAGCGAGAAUGGAAGAGCUUAAUAAAGAAUUGAAAGCUAGUAAAGACAAACUUGUAACUCAAGAUGCAGCAGCCAAAAAUGCUAUUCAGCAGUUGCAUAAAGAGAUGGCCUUUCGAAUGGAACAGGCAAACAAGAAGUGUGAAGAAGCACGCCAUGAGAAAGAAACAAUGGUGAUGAAGUACGUCCGAGGGGAGAAGGAGUCGCUUGAUCUCCGAAAGGAAAAGGAGACACUUGAGAGAAGAGUGAGAGAUGCAAACAAAGAGAUAGAAAAGCAUACUAAUAAAAUCAAACAGCUUUCUCAGGAAAAAGGAAGGUUGCACCAGCUCUAUGAAACGAAGGAUGGUGAAGCCACUCGACUCAACAGAGAAAUAGAAAAAUUGAAAGAAGAAAUUAAUUCUCACGUUAUCAAAGUCAAAUGGGCUCAGAACAAAUUGAAAACAGAAAUGGAUUCACACAAGGAAACCAAAGAACGUCUCAAAGAUGCAAUGACAAAAUUAACUGAAGCAAAAGAAGAAGCAGACCAGAUCAGGAAAAACUGUCAAGAAAUGAUAAAAACUUAUCAGGAGUCAGAAGAAAUUAAGUCAAAUGAAUUGGAUGCAAAACUCCGAGUAACUAGAGGAGAACUAGAGAAACAAAUUCAGGAGAAGUCUGAUCAUCUGGAGGUGCAUCAUGCUAAAAUAAAAGAACUGGAAGACUUGAAGAGAACAUUUAAAGAAGGCAUGGAUGAGCUUCGAACGCUGAGAACAAAGGUAAAGUGUCUGGAGGAUGAGCGCUUAAGAACAGAAGAUGAGUUAUCCAAGUAUAAAGAAAUCAUUAAUAGGCAGAAAAGUGAAAUUCAGAAUUUGCUGGACAAAGUGAAAACUGUGGAUCGGCUGCAAGAUCAGCAUCAGAGAGAUGAACAAGAAAUCAGUGCUUUAAAGGAGGAAAUAGAUGGUUUCAAUUCUCUGAUUGCUGAUCUUCAGAAGGACAUUGAAGGUAGUCGGAAAAGAGAAUCUGAGCUAUUGAUAUUCACUGAAAAAUUAACCAGUAAGAAUGCACAGCUUCAGUCUGAAAACAAUUCCUUACAGAGCCAGGUGGAUAAGCUUUCUUACAGUGAAAGAGAGCUGCAGAAUCAACUGGAAUGUGUUCAACAGACUAAGGAUGAUCUGGCCACCAGGUUACAGAAGGAGCAGGAUCAGCGAAAGCUGGAGGUUGAGACACUACAGGCUCAACUGGCUUCAGAGCAGAAAGAACUAGCAGCACUGAAGACCCACGUGGAUGAACUGAAAGAUGAACUGGCUACCCAGAAGCGCAAGCAUGCAGCAAACCUGAAAGAUCUUGCAAAACAACUUCAGCUAGCACGGAGGAAAUUGGAUCAGAUGGAAAAUGGUAAUUAUGACAAAGAAGUCAGCAGCAUGGGGAGCCGUUCCAGUUCAUCAGGGUCCCUGAAUGCGCGCAGCAGCAAUGAGGAUCGGUCGCCUGAGAAUACUGGAUCUUCAGUAGCUGUGGAUAGUUUCCCAGAGGUGGACAAGGCUGUCUUGGUUGAAAGAAUACUAAGGCUGCAGAAGGCACAUGCUCGAAAGAAUGAGAAGAUGGAGUUUAUGGAGGAUCACAUUAAACAGCUGGUGGAGGAAAUCAGGAAAAAAACAAAAAUUAUUCAGAGCUACAUUUUGCGGGAAGAAGCUGGAACACUGUCAUCAGAGGCCUCUGACUUCAACAAAGUACACUUGAGUAGACGCGGCGGGAUUAUGGCAUCUCUGUAUACAUCGCAUCCUGCAGAUAGUGGUCUCACCUUGGAACUCUCCUUAGAGAUAAACAGGAAGCUACAGGCUGUGUUAGAAGAUACGUUACUGAAAAAUAUUACAUUGAAAGAAAACCUUCAAACUCUAGGAACAGAAAUAGAACGGCUUAUUAAACACAAGCAUGAACUGGAACAGAGAAUAAAGCAGACGUAACUAAAACUUCUGCGGAAUAACCAACAUGAAGAUGCAGAAAAGGCAGGUGCGACACACCACUCUUUUUUACAUUUUCCCUGGAACUUGAUGGCCUGCCAGCACAAGCAUCUGCUAUUUUGCAUAUACAACCUUUAACCCUCCAGGCUAACUCAUGUGAGAGAUCUACAGGGUUUGACAUCAGCAUGGUUCUGUUUCCCCAGUACCAGCCUGAGGUGUUGCUGACUUUCACUACACACUACAUUUAUCUAACCCUUUUGUUGGCAAUGCCAUACAGAUGCUUUGCAGUGCAUACUGUGUUUUGAGUGAGUUGCAGUAAGAUUUUAAUUCUUGCACUGUAUAAUGAAUCAGUCUCUUAAUGACAGAGCUUGAAAAAAUAAAACCAAUUAUGUCUUAGUUGCUGUGGAACAUAUCCAGUGUUACUGAGCUUUAAGGGCUUUCAGACAUCAUUUCCUUUCUUGCAUAUUUCUGAUAUUUAGGUUGAUGAAGCAUUUCUGACAUUCGCAUGGAAAAACGCUUUGUCACAAAGCUUUGUUUUUAAAUGGUGGCCAUGAUAUUGCAUAUUUUCCGCUUUAGAUUAACAUUCAGCUGGUCAAUUUCUUUAGUCAAGAGAAGUGAAACUAUGGGAUUAAGCAACUUUCUGAAUCCUUUGAGUGUGUGUAAUUGAAACAAAUGUCACUUUGACAAAUCCUGUAAAUUAGACACAUUGAUCUAAAGAAGUCUGAUAGUAGAUAGCUGGUUAAUGAAGUUCUCUGGCUUUCUGCAUAACUAACAGUAUUUAAAAAGUAGGAGCUUUAACUGCCCACUUGUAUGUGUGUACAGGCAGCCAUCAUGAUUGCAUUUGUUUAUAGAGACAAAUGGAAGCUAACUAAAUUUUCUGGUUAGACCAGCCAGUGAAAGUAAUGGUAAGAAAUGGGAAGUAAAUCUAAAUGGGAUUUUAACCUAUCGGUUGGACUGUGAAAUCUGGGUCACUGCUUAAUUUUACUGUUGUGAAGAAUUAGUUGGUCAAAAUGGCACAAACUGAGAGCUGUUAUUUAGUCCUUCAGUGGCUGAGAGGGUGAUGGAGAAAAGAAUAUCAAGGUGACAAGAUUCUGGUUAGUCACAACAUCAUGUUCACAUUUGAAUUCUGGGAUAAGUUAUUUACAGGAUAUGUUUAUUCCAGCAGUAAAUGUAUAGAUUCUUUAUUCAUUGCCUUUUGACCAAAAUGAAUUGACCAGAUCACAGUGUAAACAGAUACUUUGGGAUUUUUAUUAAAUACCAAGAACUUCCCAUUAUCAUGGAAAAUAAAUGUAAAUUUACUAUAGCAAUGCUUUAGCUAUUUUAAUUAGGAAGGAUACAGGGCUGGGGCACUGGGGAUCCAUCUUACUGCAGGAACCAUUUGCAUCAUACACAAAACAGGGGGCCUGAAUCCAGCACACGGGAAGAUAAUUUCUCAAAGCAUCUCAGUGACUUAGCGGUGUGUACUCAUUUUCAGGUGCCACUGAGUCACUUGAGCUUUGUAGUGAACCAAAUUGACCAAGAAGGGUCUCAUUUGGUUUGAGUAGUUUGAUUCAAGACAGUGCCACUUCCUUUUUACUCUAAAGAUGGGCAUCUCUGAAAGUCCUUGUGGGAUCAACACCCGGGUUGUGGUCCAGAAGAGCUUCAAGAGUCUUGGAUAGCAGGUCCCUUCAGUGUCAAAGGGUUAAGUAUUUCUUCAUAAAGGGGGGUUGGAAACAAAUGAUUUAAAUCCUGACUGGGCAUUGUAGAAACUGAGUCUUUAAUCUGGGUGGGUUUUAUACAUCUAUUUUUCUAAUUCCUGAGAGCAUUAUCUGAAGUGUUAGGGAAUUUGGACCAGUGCAGUCAUGGGACUACCUCUGCUUUACUGUUGUUUUAAGUGAGGGGAAGAGGAAAAUACCUGGCUCUGCUGAAACAGAUUUGUCACCAGCUUCCAGGAAGUGAACAGGCAGUUAGUGACUGAACUAGACCUGCUGAAAGGAAGUAUCUAGAACAGUUUGCAUGUCAAAACAUAGCUUAGCUCUUAUAUGUUUAUUUUCAUGUAACGUACCAGGUCUCUGGAUAUUUUCAAGCUUUCAGCUGAAUGACUCCAGUAUUUUAGAUACCAUGUUAAUACUGUCAUCAUUUAAUGUAUGUUCUCCAGGUGUACAAUGUAAAUGAAGGAGAGGUGUGGUGCAGAUGGAACAAGUGCAAUGACAUUGUGGAAGUUCUUAUUUCUUUUUGACAUGGUUGUUUUUCAUUUUUAAGUUAUUUGAGCAACCGAGUUAUCUGUCCUCCUGCCCUGCUGGAAAUGCUGCUUUCUCUCUCUGUAGCAUUAGUAGCUUCUCAUGCUUUUUCUUGGUUAUGGAGAUGCACAAAGCAACCAAAAUACCACAUUGUUUUCAUGGACCAAAGCCACCUUCUACAGGUAUUCUUUUAAGCAUACCCCUUACAGAUGGAAAUUUCACUCUAGCUUGCACAUUGGCAAAUGACUAUCCAUCAAACCCAGAAUGCAGUGAAUAAAUACAUCACUGGGUCAGCCAGCAACUUUGCUUCACAGUGUUGCUCAUUUCUGAGAGGCAGUGUUGUAUUAGCCCCAGACAUGUUGCUGGCAAGCCAGCUGCCUGUUGAUUCCAUGGGGUAGAUUGUCAGGGGUGUAAUGGUGUUGGUGCACGUAACAGGAACGCUUCCCCUGAAAGGUGGGUUUUUAUGGGGUGGUUCAAAUAGGUGAGCAGUAGCUGGUGUGCAGGGCUUGUGAGCAUAGGGCUUGGGUAGCAAUCACAUUUUGCUUACCCUUGUGUUGGAAACUUUAUAUGGUGAACCUGAGAUUGAAAACUGUCCUC